UGCACAGCAGCGUGCAGAGUGUGCUGUGUGCUGUGUGCUGUGCAGCAUGCACGGCAGAGAUGCCCAAGUCAUGAACCGCGUGCGUGCCAUCAUCUUUUUCCGAGGUGCUGCUAGUGCUACUUCUUGUGCCGGUUGGCCAACUGCCUAUAAUCGGAUGUCGACGACCACCAACAGCAACGCCUUCGUUGAUGCGGCUAGAAGCACGGCGGCGAGCGGUUCUGUGGUGUACGAGGGGGAGCGGGCGGUCCACGAAUACCUGCAAUUUCACUUUGGAAGCCCCGAUGAAGUCCUUCCUCAUGACUGCGGGCCGGUCGACGCGUUGGGUUUUCCGAAGCGAUGCGCAAGCCUUUGUGCCGAGGCGCUCGUGACGACGGAGACAUCGCCACCACCGCCUCUGUCGUCGUCGCCGGAGAGAGAGAAAGACCAGCUGACUGGCGAGGGAGGCGAAGGACAAACGCCUAAGGCCGGAAGGUCAAAUAGGCGCCCCCUCCGCGCGCUGGAUGUCGGAUGUGCCGUGGGAGGGAUCACGUUCGAGCUGACACGGGCAUUUGACGAGGUCGUGGGCGUGGAUUUUUCGGCUAGUUUCGUAGAGGCCGCCGAACGGAUGAGAGUGGAGGGAAGAACACAGUACGAGUACUUGGACCAAGGGUCGGCGGUCUUUCGGAGGGAGGCAUUUCUGCCGGAGGGAACGGUUCCUUCGCGAGCCAGCUUUUCCCAGGGAGAUGCUUGUUCGCUGGACGUGAAAGCACUGGGGUCUUUCGACGCCGUGCUCGCUAGUAACCUGCUCUGCCGGUUGCCGAAGCCUCGAUCAUUUCUGGGAGACCUUCCGGCCCUGGUCAAGCCAGGGGGGGUGGCAGUUUUGAUAUCACCUUACUCGUGGCUCAAGGAGUACACGCCCACGUCGGAGUGGUUGGGGGGAUUUCGAGAAGGAGGGGACGCGGGCAAGCAGGAAGGGGAGUACGUCGACAGCUUCGACCGGAUUCGGUCGAUAAUGGAAGCCGACGAUGCCUUCGGGCUUGAACGGCGCUGUUCGAUGCCCUUCCUUAUCCGCGAACACGCGCGAAAAUUUCAAUGGGGUUGUUCGGAUGGGACGGUAUGGCGUCGGAAGUUGUAGAUGGAACGUUCGGUGGUAACGUGUUGGGCGCUUGGCGUGAUGCCGCGGUGCGAAAUACCAACUACGACACUGUAUUCUCAGGAACAAGCCGCUGUGCGGGGAGUUCGAUCCACGCGAGAAGCGCCCUUUCCUUUUCGGAAAGUCCCACACGACCGGUAGAGGGAAAAGCACCGGUAGAGGGAAAAGCUGUCUCUAACUUCAUCGUCGGGCGAAGUAGCUGGGACAGGCGUUCUUCACCUCAUGCUUCAUCGUUCACCUUGUUUCAAGCAUCUCAACGAGAGCUGGGUAACGAGAUUUUGCACUCUGUUGCUUUCGUGGAUGAGUCGGCACCGGGAUAUCUUGGCACAGACAGAAUCGGUAUGCGCAAGCACGCCCCGUACACAGGCACGAUGUAAGGUGUAUUCCCUCGGCUUAAAAUAAAACAAUGUUUCCAUUUAGGCGGCUA